AUGAGAAUGUCGAACACUGGUGGAACGCCUCGCAAGUUUAGCGAGAAAAUUGCAAUACUUGAACGAAAGCAGAAUGAAGAGAAUUCAACAUUUGAGGAUAUCAUGCGACAGGUUCGCUCAAUAACCCACGAACCGAGCUCAUCGUCGUCGUCGACAGCACCAAUUCCGAUACAGCAAAUGUCGUCGCCAAGUAGUUUACAACCGCCUCAACCCUGGGGGAAUCACCUCGGUGGAUCAUUGCCUAAUGUCCAUCAAUUACCGUCGUAUGAGCCGCCGCAAUGGCCUCCCAACUGGCAGUAUGACAAUAGAAGCUUAAUGGCUCAUCGAAGUAGGUCGCCGGAAUCGCAAAGUGUUAGCGGAAGUCCACAUCAUUAUCAUCCCUACGGAGCAUAUCGACCGAAUCGGUCGCCUGACCGAGUGCCGCCGUUACACCCAAAUUAUGGUACGCAUCAUCAGCCUAGUAGCAACGGGUACAACACGCAUGGGCAUUUGAUACCUCCCGACUCAUGGAGCCAAAUUAAUCGAGCCAGAUCAGAUUCGGCAAUUCAUAAUAUGCAUCCAGCAUCAAACGUACCGUAUGAAUGGAUUCCUGGCCCGGUACCAUCGGCACAAAUGCCGGUUCCGAUGAAACAUAACGUAUCGCCUCAGCAGUCGCCAACUGAAAAUCCAAUGAUGAAUCCGAAUUAUAGAUAUGCGAAUGGUUCUCCAAUGCAAUCGCCGAUGGGAUCGCCACAUGCUUCAACGAUGAUGCUGGAUAAUUCAGGAACACCGGUGAUGGAAUUGAGUCCGCCAGGAAUGCCCGAUUAUAGUAUGAAUGCGAAAACAUUCGCAAAACAGCCGAAUGGAAUGCCGAAUGGCUACUACCAUCCGCCGGUAGGGCCUCGUCAUAGCACGGCCACGUGCGGACCACGAUUGGCGCCCGGUCCCAUCCUCACAACAGAAUCGCAAUCGGCUCCGACUUCUCCUCAUAAUCAGCUUGAUCCGAACCAACAGCCGGCGUGGACCCAACGAACAUUUUCAAAUUCGCCAGAAGCCUUAUACAUUCCGAAAUUGGUUUUAACCGACGCCGAAGGCGAGCAGGGGCAGCAAUUGGAAUGCUAUAAUGAGCUACAGGUGUUAUCUCUUGAUAACAAUGAUCUCAGCUUAUACUGCGACGACAAUAAUUCAUCAACUUCCGCUGCUCAAUCCGACCAGAAUCUACAAAUGGGCAUGCUUCAAAACUAG